AUGAGGCACUUUCUCAUGGUUAUCUUUUUUCUUCAGUAAUCUAUAUUGGCUAUACCAAAUACAUUAUCAGAAUACCAGUUUUCAAUAACUUUGAUAGUUUUGUAUUUAUAUUUUUUAGAUUUUUCAUUCGUUGUAACUUGCCCUUAGCCAGGAUUGAUAUGGACGAUCAGAUAUGAAUGGAUAGCUAUAAAUGAUUAAAGAAUAUCAGUGAUAAAUUCAUUUAAUAUGAACCCACCAUCAGAUGAAGUCUUUAAUCAUCAACUACUUAAUGCAAAUGCUGCGAUAAUAGGCUACAGUGAGUAAUUAGACUUUUAGUUAUCAGUAUUUAUUUUUAAGAAUUCUAGAUUACUUAAUUAUCAGUUGAUAAUGUUUCUGUUGGAAUCACUAAAAUUACAGGUGAAUUUGAGAAUUUAACAUUAAUUGGUUAUCAAAUUCUAUUAAUAGCAUUUAGAGAAAUUAUUGAUCUUGGAUUUUUUACUUUUAUACCAGUUUAUAAUCGUAAUACAAUUUCUUUACAAUCGGUUAAUUGUUUAUAAUGCCAGUUCAAGGAAUUAAAAUAUAAUUACCAAAGCUAAUUGACUUUAAAUUUGUAAAAAACUUUUGGAAUAUCAUCAAUAACAUAGUAAUUCUAAAGAUGUAAGAUGUAUGUCAAUAAAGGGGCUCCUAUUAAGAUUAAUCAUAUUACACAAUCUAAAAUCUCUGGGUAUCUAAAUAUUUUUUAAAUAAUGUAGCAUUAGAAUGCCAAACCUUAAGAAAUUAGUUAGAAAUUAAAUUUUUCAUUAGGUAAUAGACCUUAAUUUUAUGUUAAAAUUUUGUCAAUUUUUAUCUUUCANUUCAUAUCAUGGUUUCAGAAUAAACUUGGACUGCAAAUAUGUUUUAAUUCUUUGUUUAACUAAUAAUUAGAAGCAUGACCAUUUAAAGCAUGUUGAUGUAUAUUGA